GGAUAUCAAGUUGAUUCAAACGCCGACAAAAACAGGUGGAUUUAUGAAUCAACGUAAUUAACUCUGACGCUUUUUCGUUGUUAAAGACUGGCCGGUUCAGCAUCCCGCAAGAGCAUCAUGUGGGGACCUUUAGCGAUGUCCCGCCUCCGACACAGCGCACUAGCCUCGGCAGAUAAGGCACCUGACUCAUGCUCUACACUCGCAGACAAGCUGCCCUACAUGGUGUUCAGCUGGGGAAUUGGUCUGGUUACCUUCCCCUCCUGCCUUGGACUGAUUCAGGUGUUGGUGUUUCGCCCACUGCGUCUAACAUGUGCCUUGUGGGGUUCCAGUUUACUAGGCCUUUGUUCGGUGGGUGUCUCUGGCUUUGCGGCAUCAGCAGUUACGACAGGAUGUGCGGCCUAUCUUUUCAAAUUGGACAGAGAUUCCGUUUGUAGUCAUAAGUUUUCUGGAUUGCAAGAGACGGCCCUCUUGUAUGGGAUCUGUUCAUCCGUUGUCUUCCUGUGUCUUGGCGGGAGAUUCAGGUCUGUGUUGCCAAGCAGUUUAAUCCAUCCAGGAGCCUUUGCCAGGCAGGGCCUCUCAGCAACGUUCAGUUAUGCCACAGCUAGAAAGAAGAGAUCGUUGCGGGUUGUCGGCAAGCGACACGGUUGCCACACAUGUGGUAGGAGAUGGUUCGUUAAGGACUUCAUCGCUGACCAUCAACCUCCACUGGCGGUUGUCAGAGAGCGGAUGAUGAGGAAACCAAAGUGGUACGAGAAGUUUGGCCAACGUUCCCCGAAGCAAGCCUUCUACCCACAAUGCACCAGGUGCUCGGACACCCAGGCGGCGCAUCUGCGAUACGCUUUCCGCGCCCAGUACACCACGCCCAAGUGGCGGCACAUCGUGACGCACCCGACGGCGCUGAGAUUGUACCAUCUGUAUCUACCUCUGCCAUUCCUCAUACCCGUCAUAGAGGGCUUUCUUGCUUCGUGAGCUACCUCAGACGGAGCAGGUCCUUCCAAUAGGGCUUUGUCGCGACCUGGCCUACAUCUGGGUACUGGAAAGUAAGCGUCGCCAUUUUAGUAGGAAAGGAUCGUAUGGCGCCGUUCGCUGAAGGUAGUAGGCAGUAGGCAAGCCUUCAUAGCUGCAAUGGAUGGCAAAAACUGUGAGAAAAAAAUGCGGAGCCAACACCCAUUGACAGGUCGGCAUGAUUGUGGCAAUCGUACAGGCACAGGUAGUGACCAUUAUGCCAUUUGAUAAAGAUUUUGCAGUUAUUUUAUGUGAAAAUAAGCCCUGCUGUCUAUCGUUUCGGUUUUGCGGUAACACCAU